AGUGAUCCGUUUUUGGGUACCAGCGACUUCAUUAGCCGUCUGCUAAAUCAUUUUGUGGAGAAGUUCAAGGCCAGCAACCCAAAUUUGAAGACCGAUGUGCGGAAGAAUCCAAGGGCUAUGGCAAAACUGUCGACAGAGGCGCAAAGGAUCUUCAAGGUUCUCAGUGCUAAUCCGGAAAUUGUUUCAACAGUAAGUCCUUCGGGGUCCUUCACUGCUUGUUUUGUGGAGCUGGUCUCGGUCUUGGUUUUCUUUUUUGAAAACAAUUAG